AUGCCCGAACUCUCAGCGGCGUCAAUCCUGAUUCAACUCAUCGAGGACUAUCACUCUCUUAAUCCGGAAGGAAUCCGCAAGUGUCCAUACCCGACGUCACUGGAAUUCAGCAGACAAGUGUCUCGGGGGCGGCCGUGUGUGUAUAGAGUCAAACCUGAGGGUUCUCCAAAGUCGUCGAGUAGACAGGCCGCUCGUGCGCUGUACCUGGACUAUCUAAAAGGGCGAAGUGAGUCUGAAGAGGAGAGAGCAGAGAUCACUGCAUCACUGGCAUUCGCUUGGACAGCACAGUCGCUCAGCGCUAGAGUCACGGGGAAGGUCGACGUGGCUGUCACACCGGAUGGUAGAGCAGACUCGAUCUAUUCGAUCAGAAAAACUCACAGUGGCCGAUAUGAACAUCGAGGAGGGGAUGACCUAGGUGACGAGAAGAACGGCCGUGACCAUGGGAAUGGCCUUCGCAAUGAUAUUCUCACGUCACUAUCACCAAGAUCCAGACAUUCUGGGGACAAGUUCGAGCAAGUCUUUCUAGAACCGGCCUCGGUACAGAUGAAUCUGUCAACGCUGCUAUCGAAACUGACAAGCAUAACAACAUCGACGUCAUCGUGCUCUUCCACAAAUCCAGUCUACUACCUGCAGUCUCAGAACAGCAACCUAACAACAACGGCACUAUCGCCAUUAUAUGACGAAAUGCCAGAGACCAUUCCCUUUGCAAAACCGGUUCUCGGCGAGCCUGAUGCGGUCAAUCUAUGGGUUGGUGGUGAUCGAUCGAUCACGACGACACAUCGGGAUCCAUAUGAGAAUCUGUAUUUGGUGCUCCGUGGUAGCAAGACGUUCACGUUGUGGCCGCCGGUGGAGGAGAUGUGUUUGAGUGCGAAAAUGGUGACGACGGGGAAAUUUGUUCUACGGGGCGGUGGUGGAAAAGAUGGUAGUGGACAUGAUGUUGACGGUGACGGUGAUGAUACCAUGGUAGACAGUAAAGGGGAAAAUGAAGGCAGUGCAUUCUCAUUAUUUGAGCUUCAACUUGAUGAUGACAAUGAUGAUCAACAGAGAAAUGGUAGGGUUGGUGGUGCAGGUGGAAGCGACGAAGAAAAGCGGGACGAGGAUACAGAAGGAGCAUGUUCGUCUUCGCCUUCCCAGCACGGACGAAUCCCUUGGAUCCCAAUCGACCCGUCACUACCACGGUCGACACUCGAGCAGCUGUACCCGUAUUACCGGCAUGCUCGACCAGAGACAGUGACAGUGGAAGCAGGCGAGAUGCUGUAUCUGCCGGCUGGGUGGUUCCACCAUGUCCGACAGCAGUGUGGACAGUGGGAUGAUGGAUCUCGCGCCCCCUGUGUGGCUGUCAAUUAUUGGUUUGAUAUGGACUAUGAGGGUGAAAGAUAUGCUUUCCAUCAAUUGAUCACCAAAUUAGUGGACGAGGUGAGGAACAGUAGCUCCCAAGAUCUACGUCCUGGAGGGACUGAGUUGUGA